AUGCCUUCUCUAGCAUCUCUAUCCAACGGUGCUGUCGCCAGUAACGCUAAGAGUGCUGAACAGCCCUGGAACAACUGGCCAAAUGAUAUCGGAUUCGAUCCGGAAUAUGAAGAACACACCCCUGUUGAACUCUCCGUGACAGGAACCAUUCCAUCAUAUGCCGCUGGCACCUUAUACCGCACGGGUCCAGGCAAAAGCCAGGUCGAGACGAAAGAUGGCCAACUCUUCCAGCUUUCUCACUGGUUUGACGGAUUCAGUCAAACGCACCGUUUCCAGAUCCUUGCGUCAGAGGACUCGACUCGCGUUCUUUACAACUCUCGAUUCUCCACCGACGCUCUAGUCGAGUACGUUCGGACAACGGGUGCUAUUCACAAAUUUGGCUUCGGGCAAAAACGCGACCCCUGCAAGUCUGUCUUCAACAAGGUCCAAACCGAAUAUGUUCCUCCCAGCGGGCCUGACUCUCUGAAUAUCGGUGUCACCCUUUCGGUCAAUAUGCCCGGUCUGGACCAUCAAUCGGAUGGGUCGACCGACCGAUGGGCGAACGGUAUCCGGACUCUGUACGCGAAGACGGACCGCAAUGGAUUCAAGAAACUUGACCCGGAGACUCUGGAGCCUAUUGGCCUUGCAACCCAGGAAUCCUUGCACCCGGAUCUGACCGGUCCACUGGCGGCAUCGCAUGCCCGCUCCGAUCCUGUGACGGGUGAUAUGUACAACUUCAACCUCACCAUCGGACCAGAGUCGACAUAUCGUGUAUUUGGUGUUUCGGCUUCGACUGGGAAGACAACAAUCCUCGCCACCUUCCCCGGCGUUCCCGCCUACCUGCACUCCCUGUUCAUUACUGAGGACUAUGUGCUUCUCUGCUUGUGGAACUCGCACAUUAACCCUUUGGAACUGCAUGAUGGCUCCUUCAUGGACUCCAUCAUGCCCACGGACCCGUCCAAGCCGGCGAAAUGGUAUGUCAUCGACCGCAAAAAUGGAAAAGGACUCGUUGCAACCUACGACAGUCCUGCAUUCUUCUGCUUCCACACGAUAAACGCUUGGCAGGAGCCGUCAAAGGAAGAUCCUACCAAGACAGACAUUGUUGCCGAUCUCGUGCGCAUGGACAGCACCGAGUUCCUUAAGUAUCUCUACUACGAGAACCUCAAGUCCUCUCUUCCCACUGCUAAGCAGGUUGCUGCGAACCGAGGCGAAGUGCUGCGGUCAACCAUCACGCGCUUCCGUCUCCCGGCCCUGCCUUCUGUGCCCAGCUCGCAAACUCUGGAAGCCACGGUCGAAUGGUCCGCUUGCAAAGCUUUAUCACCCGAGCUCCCAACAAUGAACCCGGCUCUCGUCACGAAGAAGUAUCGCUUCGCGUACGCUACUACUUUCCGCGGCGAGGCAACCCUCACAGACGGCAUCAUGAAAUUUGACUGCGAUACGCAGGAAACGAGUCUGUGGGCGCGCCAUGGCCACUCGCCUGGCGAGCCGAUCUUUGUCGCAAACCCAAAUGGUAAAAGUGAAGAUGAUGGAGUUCUUCUCAGUGUGGUGCUCGAUGGCUUGCGAGGCUACAGCUACCUGCUCUGUCUUGAUGCUCGCAACUUGACUGAGCUGGGCAGGGCUGAGGUCAAGGGCGUUGUUGGGUUUGGCUUCCAUGGGCAGCAUGUUCCUGUUGUUGGAAUCCCCACUGGAGAUUGGUAG